AUGAGCCUGGCACACAGAAGGUGCUCAGGUCUUGGGAGUUACAGCGUAGCUGUGUCUGCAGUCUUCCUCCUGUUCCUCCUCAUCCUCAUCAUUGUCCUACGGAAAAGGAAAAAGAGCAAAGUCAGGAAGGAAGCUCAGAAAGAGACAGAACUGCAAUUUUAUCCAGGAGCUUCAGAACCAGUAACCAGAUCAAACCCAGCUGCUGCCACCCAGGAAGAAAUCGUUUAUGCUUCAGUGGAGGACAUGCAGCCUGAGCUUGGUGUGGAGAUUAACAGUUCGGAUGAAAUAUCUGAAGAGCUCGAGGAUAUGACCUGUGUCCACCCCUUCCAUAUGACACACAGCCAGGAGGAAGCUGUAUCUCCACUCUCCCUGGCAGGGGAUGUCCCAGAGGAGUCAACGUAUAUGCUGCUCUGGCAAUCAUUAACCCAGGGGCCAUUCCCAAGAACAAAAACUGAUGACUCACUGCCUACAAUGAUGAUGCCUAACAGAGAACUGUAAGGCAUUGUGGCAGUUUUGGCAAACCUCACUGCAAUUUAACUAACCUCACACAUUUUGGAAAUAAGGCAUGAAAUUAUAAAAUUAUCAAGUGAAAUGAGAUUAAAUAUAAGGGAAGUCUUAAAUUCAUAAAUUUUAAUG